AUGGCGGCUCUUUUGAGAAAGGUGUCUGUCUGCAGUCGAAAUGGUAAAGGCCUGUGGUCAUAUCUUCGACAAAGGCACUAUUGUGCAAAUGCAGCUAAAUCCACUCCAAAGAUAACAACACAUUACACAGUUCAUCCCAGAGACAAGGACCCAAGAUGGGCAGAGGUCGACAUGGAGCGUUAUGGAGACGAGACAGAUGUUCUCAUAGUGGGAGGAGGACCAGCUGGUCUAUCUGCAGCUUGUCGCCUCAAACAGAUGGCCAAUGAUCAGGGCAAGGAGUUGCGGGUCUGUCUUGUGGAGAAGGCAGCUGAAAUAGGGGGACACACAUUAUCUGGAGCAUGUAUUGAACCUAAAGCCCUUGAAGAACUUUUUCCUGACUGGAAGGAACGAGGGGCUCCACUUCACACUGAAGUAAAGGAAGACAGGUUUUCAUUUCUAACCAAAACUGGAAGAAUACCCAUUCCAAUUUUACCUUUUUUCCCAAUGAACAACCAUGGUAACUACAUUGUACGACUUGGUAAUGUAGUAAGGUGGCUUGGCGAGCAGGCAGAGGCCUUAGGUGUGGAGCUGUACCCUGGCUAUGCUGCUAGUGAGGUUUUAUUCCAUGAAGAUGGCAGUGUUAAAGGUAUCGCAACUAAUGAUGUUGGAAUUUACAAAGAUGGCUCUCCAAAGGAUACUUUUGAGAGGGGGAUGGAACUUCACGCCAAAGUAACCAUAUUUGGAGAGGGUUGUCAUGGACAUUUAGCCAAACAACUGUACAAGACAUUCAACUUAAGGAAUGAUUGUGAGCCCCAGACAUAUGGCAUAGGACUGAAAGAGCUAUGGGAGAUAGAUCCCUCUAAGCAUGUUCCUGGCCGUGUGGAGCACACAGUCGGCUGGCCAUUUGACAAGAAUACCUAUGGUGGAACAUUUCUGUAUCAUCUAGAUGAGGGUCCAAUGGUUGUCGUAGGCAUGGUGGUUGGUCUUGACUAUACUAAUCCGUUCAUCAACCCAUUCCGAGAGUUUCAGCGUUUCAAACAUCAUCCUGUUGUGGAACCAACAUUUAGGGGAGGUAACCGUGUAGCAUACGGAGCCCGAGCUCUUAAUGAAGGAGGACUUCAGUGUAUUCCAAAGCUGACAUUUCCUGGAGGUUGUUUGAUAGGCUGUAGUUCAGGAUUUAUGAAUGUGCCGAAAAUCAAGGGAACCCACAAUGCCAUGAAGAGUGGAUUAGUAGCUGCUGAGUCAGUGUUUGAUACACUGUUUAAUGAAGAGUUAAUGUCUAAUUCUCCUACAACAAGUCCUGAACCUAGUUUAUAUGAGGAAAGACUUAGGAAAAGCUGGGUUUGGGAUGAAAUGAAAGCUGUUAGAAAUGUGCGACCUUCUUUCCACUCUGCUUUGGGUUUGUAUGGAGGUUUGGCAUAUACAGGACUCUUUUACUGUUUCCUCAGAGGAAAAGAGCCAUGGACCUUAAAACAUGGAGGUGCUGACAAUACCAGACUGAAGCCUGCUGCUGAAUGUACACCUAUUGAGUAUCCAAAGCCAGAUGGGAAAAUCAGUUUUGACCUACUAUCCUCAGUGGCCCUGACAGGCACAAACCAUGAUCAUGACCAGCCUGCCCAUCUUACACUUAUGGAUGACUCGGUGCCUGUCAAUCACAAUCUCGCUAUAUAUGAUGGUCCUGAACAAAGAUUUUGUCCUGCUGGAGUAUAUGAAUAUGUUGAUACAGAAGAUGGAUCAGGAAAACGACUUCAGAUCAAUGCACAGAACUGUAUACACUGUAAAACCUGUGAUAUCAAGGACCCUAGUCAGAACAUUAACUGGGUGUGUCCUCAGGGGGGAGAGGGGCCAGCAUACAAUGGCAUGUAGGACUGGGAAAUGGUAGGGAAGGAUGGGUAGGGAGAUAGCUACAAUCAAUACUGCAUGUAGCAUGGAGACUUGAAAGAAAAAAGACAUGAUUUAUUGUGUGAAACACAAGUUGAAUGAAACAUAUAUGGCGAGUGAAAGUAUUAUUUUACAAAGUUAGUGAUUAUUACUGUUUGUGUAUAUAAGGCCUACGUAUAUAUGAUUAUUUAUAUGGAUGAUGAAGUGAGCAAUGUUUAAUUUUCAGAUUUUCUAGUAAUAAGUCCAACGGACAUCACAAAUUUAUUGCAACGGAAUUUAUGAGGAUUAAAGAUGGUCAUUUGCAUACAUGAUGUAUUUUGAAUGUUUGCAUGAUUUGUUAGAUUUGAAUCAGUUGGGUCAAAAUAACUCAUUUCUCUCCAUCUCAAGAAUUUCUGUCCGCCGUUUUACUUCUAUGCAUAUCAUAAUACAUUUUGUGUAGAUAAUCUAAACAAGUCUUUGGAUGGAUGGACAUUUAACAAAAUAACUCAGAAUUUUUGUGUAGACUCUGAAUGCAAUACAAAAAUAACUAUUCAUGGUUUGUUUCAGUAUUACACAAUGUACAUGUCCCUGUGUUUAAUAGGGACAAUGCAAUUUUGAAAUUGUGAAAUUUUAUUUUGACAUUUUCUAUAUUUAUUGUGUGAACUGAAGUUUUCUGCAGUGUUGAUUUCAAAUUGUGAAUUUUGUGAAUUUGUGAUUAAGAAGAUUAUUCUGUAUCCUGUGUACAGAUGUAACUUUGUAUUUUGAGAAACUGAAAAUGCAUACAAGUUGUCUAAAAGGGAUAGACUGGAGAAUAUUAAAGUGUUUUGUAUUCUUUAUAUGUCAAAAAGCUCUUUUAUUUACCUGUGUAAAUAACAAUAUAUUUCUUUUAAAAAAGUCUGUGAUUAAAUGAAUUAGAUCCUGAUGAAUGCAGAUAUUACCUGUUUAUUUUGUGAGAUUAAGAUCUGACAAACACUGUGUAAAUAUAUAUUGUACUAUGAAAUAGAAAAAAUGUUCCUUUUCUUUGAACGAUUGAAAUUUUCCCUUUCUGAAUGAAUAGAAACUAAUGGGAGAGGAUGGGGUAUACUCACAGAAUGGAAUGGAACAGAAAGGGGUUCUCAUUCUGAAUUGAUAGAUAAAAAAUUGGAGAGGUUUGAGUACUCUUUCAGAAUAGAAUGGGAAAGGUUUGAGUUCAAGUUACACUUUCAGAGGUUGGAGUACUCUUUCAGAAUAUAAUGGUAGAGGUUGUGGUAUUCUUUCAGGAUAUACCGCGAGAGGCUGUGUUACUGAAUACAAUAGAAUGUAUAUUGAAGAACUAGUUUUUUUAUUCUUUCUAUUAAGUCAGUUAAUCAUUGAUUCCUUUUUGAUAAAAACAGAAAUGGAAGCAUCUGUUAGUCUUCCUACUUUCAGGACAAAAUAUGCUUUGAAUAUAUUUUACCAGUCUUUGGACAACUGUUUUUUAUUGUUUGUAGAAGUAAAUUAUCAAAUGAAAAGUUUGAUCAAAACCAUUUAGUGGUAUAGAUUGGUAUGAAAAUGAUUUGAACUUGGAUCGUUUGCAGACUUUGAACAAAUCUGUCAUAAACUUGAAAGCCAAAGGCAGCUUUCUUGAGAUUAGCUCGAUACACCCGUUUCCCACUAUAUUGGGUAAAAUAUAUAUAUCUUACAACAAUCCCUCUGUCUUGUAUAAUUUCUAUGGUAUAGAUUUAAUUCAUCUUCAAUUUUUAUUCAUUUUUGCCCAAACAUAGCCAUGACAUCCUUCCUCAAACUAUGAUUGUGUUUCUUUUAGCCUUCUGAACUGAAGGGCUCAAAUUAUCAAUUAUACGGUCUGUUGAUGCAAUUAAUGUGUUUCCUUUUUUAGAAAGUAAUUGUUAGACAAGGAUAUAUUUCAGGUUUCAUUUGCCUUAACGUAAGCUGUCAAUCUACCUGUUAAUUUAAAUAUUUUCACAGUUAUACUUGACAGUCAUAAGGUAUACAUAUAUGUCAGGUUCAUUCAGCAACAGAUUUUUACAUUUGGUUUGUCACAGAAACAAAUUGUAUAUGGCCUUAUAUUAUGAUUGCUUCCUGAUGACCUGUGGAUAGACACUAAUUGCAUGUCAUCUGUAAAGGUCUGAGUGUAAUUUUAGGAAAGACGACAUAUUGGGUUGGAAAUAUCAUAAGUAGUUUAUUAUGUGUAAUUUGAAAUAUUUCAAAUUAAAUAAACUUGUUAAUAACA